AUGGCGUCCUCACAGGAUGAACUGAAGUCUGAUGACUCUUAUGCUUCGGAUUCCUCAGAAUAUAAUCAGAUGGAUGCGCAGGACCGAGCUCCCAAGCGACGCCGUCUCUCCGAGUCCUCCACCGACUCUUAUGUUGCGCCAGCACCUCUCCCCACUAUCUCCCGUAUCAAGAAGAAGGACGACACGAAGAAGCCCGAGUCGAACGAUGAUGACAACCCAGUCACAAUUAAGGAUGCCCUUGAGAUUGGUUUGCAGGCCGAGCAGUCCACUUUUGGUGCGCUGAAUGUCUCGCCAUGGCUUGUGGGGUCUUUGACCACGAUGGCUGUGCGACGGCCUACGGCCAUUCAAAAGGCGUGUAUUCCUGAGAUUUUGAAGGGCCGUGAUUGCAUCGGUGGAAGUCGGACAGGUUCCGGAAAGACCAUCGCAUUUGCCGUUCCUAUUAUGCAGAUAUGGGCUAAGGAUCCCUUUGGAAUUUUUGCUCUAGUCUUGACUCCCACAAGAGAGCUUGCGCUACAAAUCUUUGAGCAGUUCAAGGCUAUCUCAGCGCCGCAGGGCAUGAAGCCUAUCCUUAUCACCGGUGGUACAGACAUGCGACAACAGGCAAUCGCUCUCGCCCAACGUCCUCACGUUGUGAUCGCAACCCCUGGUCGACUUGCAGAUCACAUCAAAACCUCUGGCGAGGACACAAUUGUCGGAUUAAGGCGUGUGAAAAUGGUUGUGAUGGAUGAAGCGGACCGACUGCUCACAGGCGGACAAGGCAGUAUGCUGCCAGAUGUAGAAACCUGUCUAUCUGCUCUACCACCCUCGGCAGAACGCCAAACCCUUCUUUUCACAGCUACCUUGACAGCCGAAGUGCGGGCCUUGCAGUCCAUGCCCCCCCGAGAGGGCAAGCCGCCUAUCUUUGUGACCGAAAUCGGCACCGAAAACGAGGGCAAAAUUCCCCCAACCCUCAAACAGACAUACCUCAAAGUUCCCAUGACGCACCGUGAAGCCUUCCUGCAUGCCUUGCUCUCUACCGAAGAAAAUAUUUCCAAGCCUGUCAUCAUCUUCUGCAAUCACACCAAGACCACCGAUCUGCUGGAGCGCACCCUCCGCCGCUUGGGCCACCGCGCCACUUCCCUCCACAGUCUUCUCCCCCAAUCUGAGCGCACAUCUAAUCUUGCCCGGUUUCGCGCUGCUGCUGCUCGCGUCCUGGUUGCUACUGAUGUUGCAUCGCGUGGUCUCGAUAUUCCAAUCGUCAGUCUAGUCAUCAACUUUGACGUUCCCCGCAACCCCGAUGACUAUGUCCACCGUGUCGGUCGUACAGCCCGUGCCGGACGAACUGGUGAGGCCGUCACGUUAGUCGGACAACGUGAUGUCGAGCUCGUCCUCGCCAUCGAGGCUCGAGUGGGUCGACAAAUGGAAGAAUGGGCCCAGGAGGGCGUCAACAUCGAAAGCCGUGUCGUGCGAACCACCGUCCUGAAGGACGUUGGCUCCGCGAAGCGCGAGGCAAUGGGUGAAAUCGAAGAAGGCCGCGAUGUACUAGGUCGCAAGCGAAACAAGCUGAAGAAAGUCCGGUGA